AUGCGCCGCCUCCUCUCCUCUCGACUCCUGCAUCCUCAAGCCCGGCGAGCGGGCCGCCGCCUCCUGCCUCGCACAACUGCCGAGGUCUGGGCUGCGGCGGCGAGCUGCGCCGCGGCCGCUGCCGGCGCCGCCGCCGCCGCCUCGCAGUCUAGUGAGAAGCCAGGCACGUCGGCGGUGCAAUCCCUCGUCAGGUUCAGCAGUACGGAGGAGCAUCGGAGGCUGGAGGACGACUACGAGCUCGGCGAGGAAAUCGGUCGCGGCCACUUUGCCACCGUGCGCCGGGCACGACACCGCGAGACUGGCGAGGUGGUGGCCGUGAAGCAGAUUGCGUCGAGCCGGAGGAGCAAGUCGGGCGGAGGCGGCGCUGCGAAGCGUCCGCCGUCCGAGGUGCGGCGCGAAGUCGAGAUCAUGCGCCUCGCCGGCCGCCACCGCAACAUCGUCGAGCUGCGCGGUGUGUACGAGACAGAGGGCGGCUGGGCGCUGGUGAUGGAGUACGUGGGCGGGGGAGAGCUGUUCGACCGGCUGGUGCAGUACGGCGCGUACUCGGAGCAGCAGGCCUCGGCCCUCUUCCGCCAGGUUGGAGAGGCGAUCGCCCACCUCCACGCGCUCGGCGUGUGCCACCGCGACCUCAAGCCAGAGAACCUGCUGCUCUCUGGCGCGGACCAGCGCCCGGGGGGGGAGGGCGAGGGGGAGCAGCCGCCCCUCACGAUCAAGGUGUGCGACCUCGGGCUCGCGGCGCACCUCGAGGCGUCGCAGGACCGGCAGGGCACCUGGGCGUACUGGGCGCCCGAGUGCUUCACCGCGACGCGAGGCAGCGGGCGCGAGAUCGACAUGUGGUCGGUCGGCGUCAUGCUCUACAUUAUGCUGUCUGGCCGACACCCCUUCGAAACCUUUCCGGGCGAGCCCGAGUCACAGGCGCCGCCGGCCCGCCCUCGCCCGGCCCGCCCGGCGGCGAGACGCGAGGGGACGAUUGGUAGACAAGUACCAGACAAACAGGUAAUGGGUUGA